AUGGGAUCUGCUACAACCAUUUGUAGUGACAAAACUGGCACCAGCCGUAUGACAGUAGUGAAAACAUGCUUCACUAUGAAUGUCAAGGAUGUGAAUAAGUUAAGUGAUUCAAUAGACCUUUGUUCUGAGAUUCCAAAUUUUGUACUAAAAACUUUACUACAGUCAAUUUUUAACAAUACUAGAGGAGAAGUUAUAGCUUCCAAGUAUGGGAAAUCCGACAUAUUGGGAACACAAACUGAGACCGCUUUAUUACAGUUUGGUUUAGCGGUUGGUGGAAAUUUUCAAGUGGAACGACCAGAUGGGAAAAUUACAAAAGUUGAGCCAUUUAACUAUACAAAGAAAUGCAUGGGUGUGGUGUUGGAAAUCUGUGAUGGAAGUUUAAGGGCUCAUGCUAAAGGCAUUUCAAAAAUAAUUUUAACUCCUUUUGAUAAGCUGGAAACAAGAUUCUCCCCUAUUACUGAUAUUCCAGUUUUUGGAUAUACUUAUAUAGGUAUUUUAGGUAUAAAGGAUCUUGUUCAUCCUGGACUCAGGGAGUCUUUUGCGCUAUGUCCUUCAGCUGGGGUUGAUGUACGAAUAGUUACUAAUGAUAACAUUAAUAUUGCAACAGCCAUAGCAAGGGAAUGA